CGAAAGGCUUAGCGCCUAUCUUUGCCUGUUCUACCUGCGCUGUUCAUUUCAGAGCCAAAUAGUCCCCGCCUGAGGGUCUCCUUGAUUGGAGGGAGCCGGCAAGCGGAUGGAUUGAGGCGAAGGAUUUGGUGGACGCCUAGAUGGCGCUCAGCAAUAGGCGGGAAGGAGGGGAGGUGGGUAGGAAGGGGAGGGAGUGACAGCCCCCUUGGCAACACUGUCUUCUGUGAAUCGUUUAGGACACUUUUUUCUCUGGAGGUUAUGCGUGGGCUUCCGCUGCGCCAAGUGGUCUCAACCCGGAAACUCAACGUUCGGGGCCAAGUGGUCAAACAUUCGAGUGGGCGGACGUCAACUGGUGGGUUGGGGACAGAGAUUCUUUCUGCCAACAGAUGUCUUUCUGCUUGACUGAACUGCACCUCUGGUCUUUAAAGAAUACCUUACAUAUUGAAGACAGAGACAUUGGGAUCUACCAGUAUUAUGAGAAGAAAGACUCAGUUUUACCAACAGAUCAUGGUUACUUAGAAGAGAAGCAACAAUUGGCAGAAUCACGAGACUAUCCUUGGAUACUCAAGAAUCGACGUCCAGAAAAACUGAGAGAUACUCUCAAGGAGUUGGAGGAGCUGAUGCAAAACAGUCGAUGUGUGUUGAGCAAAUGGAAGAACAAAUAUGUCUGUCAGCUCCUUUUUGGUUCAGGUGUAUUGGUGUCCCUAAGCCUUUCUGGGCCACAGCUGGAUAAAGUGGUGAUUGACAGAACCCUAGUGGGGAAGCUCAUCUCCGACACCAUCAGUGAUGCUAUUCUCACAGACAGUUUCAUCAUCUUGUCAUUUUUGGAACAAAAUAAAUUGUGCUAUAUUCAAUUUGCUAAGAAGUUGGAUUCCCCUGAUAUAAACAAAAGAUUUGAAAAACUCUCCACCUCAGAGUAUAAGAUAUCCUACCUGGAAAUACCUGGCCCAAUAUCCUGGAGAAUAAUACGUCAUCUAGCUAUCAAUUGUAUUCAAGAUAUGGCCAUUUGUUGGUGGGAAACAGCUAAUGAUGAUGUUUGGCCUUGGUCUCCUAUUUCUAGUGAAAAGGACAGAGCCAAUCUAUUCUUACUAGCUUGUAACCAUGGAAGACUGGAGGUUCUGAGUUUCAUCCGUACAGAAUGGAAUCCACUUGAUGCUAGCUUUAGCACUAAUCAGCCUUAUCAGGUGCACACAGUAGAGCACUCCAUCAGUGUAGACAAAGAGCCCAUGGCUGACAGCUGCAUUUAUGAGUGUGUUCGGAACAAAAUCCACUGUGUAACAGUCACCAGAAUACCACUACAAUCAAAGGCCAUCAGCUGCUGCAGGAAUGUUGCUGAAGACAAACUAAUUCUAGGCUGUGAAGAUUCUUCAAUCAUUCUCUAUGAAGCCCACCGAAGAGUGACUCUGUUGGCUCAGGCUGAAAUUUUGCCUACAGUCAUUAGUUGCCACCCAGGCGGGGCCGUCCUACUGGUUGGAAGUUCCCAAGGGGAUCUGCAGGUUUUUGACAUAGCACUGUCGCCUGUUAAAGUACAGCUUUUGGCAGAAGACUGCUCCCCAAGGAAGACACUGCAACUUAAUAAACAUUUUGAUGUCUCCAGUAACCUAAUUCAAAUGCAGUGGACAGUUCCUCAGUUUGUUCCUCACACUCCCCACGGUACUGACGUUCAUGAUCUCCUGUUCCUCAGGUUUGACAGAGGGCCACUAGGUGUACUUCUGUUUAAACUAGGAAUCUUUACGAAAGGACAGCUGAGUCUUGUAGACCUCAUCCAUCAAUAUAUUCGUUAUGACGAGAUCCAUGAAGCAAUAAGCAUCCUAAGCAGCAUGAACUGGAAUACUAUAGGCCACCAGUGUUAUAUGAGCAUGAGUGCUAUUGUAAACCAUCUUCUUAGACAACGGCUAACACCAGAGAGAGAAGCACAGCUUGAGGCGAGCCUGGGAUCCUUCUAUGCUCCAACAAGACCCCUCUCCGAUACAACUAUAUUGGAAUAUAGAGACCCAAUCAGCAAAUACGCAAGGAGGUUCUUCCACCACUUGCUCAGGUACCAGAGAUUUGAAAAGGCCUUUCUCCUAGCUGUUGAUAUUGGUGCUCGGGACCUGUUUAUGGACAUCCAUUACUUUGCAAUAGAUAAGGGUGAAUUGGCGCUAGCUGAAGUGGCAAAGAAACGAGCUAACGACAUUGAUGCAGAAUCAAUAACUACUGGAGUUGAACUCCUGGGGCCAUUGGAUGGAGGAGACACGCUAAAUGAAGCUUUUGUUGGUCUAUCUUUAGCACCUCAAGGUGAAGAAACGUUUCCAGUCAGUCUGCCUCCCUCUGGUUCAAGCUACAGACAUGUCUCACAACAAAUGGCAUUGACUCAUUUUUCAAACAGACCUAAAUACAGCAAACCAGCUCCUGACAGAGAGAGUAAAUUUGAGGACGACAACACUGCAUCUUUGAUGGAAAAGACUUUAGCCUGGAAUUCAGAAGGAGAACUAGGAGAAGACUACACAGAGCAGGAGAUUGGAGAUGGUGGUUCUCUGAGAAUGGUUCACUUUGGUUUGGUGUGACAAAGAAAAAGCAACCUUUCCUUGAUGACUUUAUAACUUUAUUCCUUGAUGUACCCAAAUAAGAACAUACAUGGCAUAUACACACAGUCCCAUUUUUCAGUAGGUUUCCCCCACAUAACAAUCACCAACCAUCACUCCUACAUACCCCUCACAGUAUCCUCAUCAAAUGGCUGUUCACUUCUAGGUUAGCUGCUACUUCUAAACCCCAUGGGUACUAUCCCUGUGAUGUGUGUGAAAAGGACCACACAGAUGGAAAGGCCAGAGAGAGUACAUCCUUAAAGCCAUCACUAAAGCUAUUAUUGAGUUUCAAGUUGUCCCCACUGAAUAUUGAUCUAGUCACCCGAAGAAUACAUUCAAAUCUCAUGUGGGGUAUAAAGCAAAUGGCCACGUAUCAUUUCAUAUUUAUUAAUAUAAAAAAUGAAAUGUAAAACAGCAAAUAAAUGUAUUUUAACUGUGGACCAACUAAACACAUUAUGCUACUCAUUGACUGUAUGGUUUAAUCUCACAUUGCAUUAUCUACAUAAAAUUUGACAGGUGACCAAUUCUUUUCUUAGGUGACUACUGCCUCACUCAUCCCUCAGUUCUACAGGUCAAAAUCGAUCCAAAUUUUGAAAGAACCAAGUAUUGGCAGUGGUGAGGAUAUAACUAUUUGCUUUGAGAUUUUGAUUGUCUGGUGAAUGCCUUGUUUUACAACAUGUUGGAAGAAUGAGGACAUCAAUUAAUCAGACCUGAUUGACUAAGAGUUAAGUCCUGAUUGAUGUUCUUGCUCAACCAGGGCCCAGAGAGAUGCCCAAGGGGCCAGUUUAUCACUAAGGUGAGAGGAGUCACAAGCAGAGUCCUGCAGACUCAAUAGCAUCUAUGGGCCCUUGGUAUAAAUACGCCUGUGGCUUCUCCUUCAGCAAUGGUACAAUCAACCCCCUCUCCAAAUGUCUUACUAGGGAUGACCUCCUCUUGGCCCUUCUCCAAUUGCUUGUGGAAAUACUCAGGUCCUGAAUAGCUUUCAUGUUGAUUCUAGUUAGCUCUAACUGGAAUGCCAAUUACUAGAAUGAAAUAUUGAGAGCAUAUCUGAAAUACUAGAUCUAAAGUUUUCUUCUUGGCAAAGUGCCAGAUAAUACAUUUCUCUUCAGUCACUUCCAGAAAUGUGUUUUUAUGCAUCCUCCUCUAUUUUUGCUUUGAGUCUCAACAUUUAAAGAAAAGAAACUACACAGUAUCACAAUAUUUUUCUGCAUAAUGUUUUACUCCAAACACAUUUCACUAAAGAAAUGCUAUAUAUACUGUUCUUCGUGUGUUCGUUUUUAGAAACUCUUCAUUUGGAUCCAAAUAUUACUUUGCUCCUUUAAGAGUCUAAAAAUCAUUCUAUUGCAAUUUCAGUGGAGUAGAUCUUGACUUCAAAUACCUUCAUGAAAAAGCUGACUUUCAAAAGCAGGAGUAUUUCUCCAAGAAUGCUCUCCAUUUUUGUAAUCUAGAAAUAUAAUCUCAGUUGAAUAACCACUAUUUUUCCCUUUUUAAAAAGAUGUGCAGCCUCUUUAACAUCAUUCCAUUGGAAAUCCAGAUUUAAUCUUGCACUUCUAACUGCUAAUGUAAAAUGAACAGCAAUGGUGGUAAUCUGCUUCAUUCAAUACUGUGCUUCUGUCCUGAAUUAUUCAAAGAAAAGAAAACAUGUAUUUUCUUAUUCUCCCACUAUUAUUACGAGUGCAUAGACUCUAAAUAUGUAUACACAUAUAUGUAUGUAUAUAUGUAAUUUUUAUCUUGUAGGUAAAGAAUUUGUAUUGAAAACCAAAUCAUAGUAUUCUAACAAUGUAAUUUUAUGUUUGCCAGUGAAUUAUUUUCACAGAAUGGUAUAGUUAAAGUAUUUCCUUUAAAAGAUUUUUGAUGAAAAAGAAUAUGCCUCUAUAUUUUAAUCAGUCAUUUAUUCACAAUUGAGAGGCUUUCUGACAAUAUCAUCUCUCCUAUUAUGUGAAACACUUUGUUAAAUAUUAACAAUUAGUAUAUCAGUCCUUGACUGGCAAAGAGCAAUACACAAAAUCAUGCAAAUGCUUUUAAGACAAGAGACAAAAAGAGGUUUCUCUUCAAUCAACUAGUUAACAUUAAUAAAGUAAGAUCAAACCAUACAUUUAACAGUAAUAUUUCCCCCAUCUAGGCUAUGUAUAUGAUAGAUGUCAUUUUCAUGACUCUGUGUGACAAUCUGAGGAAAGUAAGUGUUUAUGAAAGAUAGAUUUGUAUUUAAUUUGGAAUUUCAAUGCAGCAAUCAAUCAAGAAACAUCCCAUUUGUUCUGCUCAAAACAAUGAAAUGUAUUACUUAGCUUACAGAGCCCUUUUGCUGAACUGAAGCCAUAUUUCUGUCAGUUCAAGUGAUGGUCUAUAUGAGGGAUUAAUCUGACACCAGACAGGGAGCCCUAAUCCUUCAGUAUAUCAUAAUCUAUUUACUUUGCAUACUAAGAGGAUUUCAGUUAAAAUGUACAGGAAGUAAUGCUAGCAAUGUACAUUAAAAUAGGAGCAGUUUCUCCCAAAUUUCACAUUUUUUAAUAAAAUGUUUUCUUAGCAUUCAUAGAUUUUUCUAUUGAAGAAGAAUUUAAUAAGUAUUCACAAUCACUGGUCAUAUAUUUUUCUUUAUAGGGUUGAAUCACUACCAUAUUUUUGUGGUGCUUUCUUUUUUAUAUGUAAGUGUCACAAAAUAAUAGAUCUUAAAAACAAGACUUUUUCUGCUGGGGCUUUUACUAACAAGUCAGAUAUUUUCAGUGAGUAAAUUUUUAUGGCAUUUCUCUUAAUUUUUAAGAAUAAAAUCUAUAACUAAGCUGUUGUGCAAGGGAGAAGAGUGCUCACACACACACACACACACACAAAUUUAAAAGUAUACUAUCUCAUAAUUACUGAAACUAUUUAUGUGUGCCAUGGCAAAGAGGCAACUGCUAAGUAAUAAUUAUUCCUUGUCUUAGCCUAUGGUUCUUUAACAUAUUAGAAAAAUAAUAUGAUUAAGCAUUUAUACAUAUAUGCAACAUACAAUCUAUAUAAUUUGAGUUUAGCUUUUCACUUCAGCUUAUAUUAGCAAAUUCCAAAUUGUUGGAAUUCAAAAAAUUUAUUGUAACAAAAAUAAAUGGAGAAUGCCUAUGCACUUGGAUGGUCAAAUCUUUGGGCUAUUAUUCCGUUAAGAUAUUCAGGGUGUCCUAAAAUUCCUAGUAUGGUUUUAAGCUUUCAUAAGUAUACUGCUACAAUGCUAAAUUUAAUCAUUAAAUUUAUGCCUAUUUUGUUUGUGAAUUGUGAAUAAUAAAUUUUAAUUUUAACAA